UUUCCCCACCUCUAUUUGGCGACUGUGGCAACGCUGAUAUUGAUUGCUAACAAAGACAAAAAAAAAACAAAAAAAUUCCAAAAUUCUUUUGCUCCGGGCGGAGACACUUUUGAGGACUACAUUGAGCAAUGGAUAUGAUAAAUAAAUUUUACUCCACAGCUGUGCAGACAGUAUCCACGCUGUCUGGAGUGCUGCCUGGUAAUAAUGUGACGCGAGAAUAUGAGGUUCUCGAGUUGACCAGCACUGCAGGAGUUGGUCUCAUGUGGAAGGUUUACAAUGGCUAUAAGAAGAGCACAAAGCAAGAGGUUUCCGUGUUUGUCUUUGAAAAGAAGUCCCUGGAGCGAUGGUCUCGCGAUGACAGAGAAACAAUGCUGGAGACACUGCGCCGUGGUGUCCAACAGUUGACAAAAAUUCGUCAUCCGCAUGUCCUCACAGUGCAGCAUCCGCUAGAAGAAAGUCGUGAUUCGCUGGCCUUUGCCACUGAGCCUGUAUUUGCUUCGUUGGCCAAUGUAGUGGGUGAUUCAGUGCGAUCGGAUAAGAAACUCUAUGAUGUGGAGAUACGUCAUGGUUUGCUUCAGUUAUUCGAUGGCCUGCAGUUUCUUCACAAUGAUGCCAAAAUCGUGCAUCGUAACAUCUGCGCCGAGACAAUUGUGAUCAAUAAAAACCGAAGUUGGAAACUCUUUGGUUUUGAUUUUAGCAUAGCCAAUCAGCCAGCGACUGAUGGCACUGCCCAUUGGCCAUGCCGGGAACACUCUACGUCGCUACAUGUGUUGGCUCAACCUAGUUUGGAGUACACAGCUCCAGAAUUAGCUCUGAACGGUGUGAAUACCCCAGACAGUGAUCUCUUUUCCUUGGGUGUGCUCAUUUUUACCAUUUACACCGGGAAACCACUGAAAAUGUUCGGCAGUGACUAUAGUGGCUUUCGGCGGUAUGCCAACGAGCUGAACCAACGGAAAUACCCGCCCAUGAAUGCUGUACCCAAUGAAUUGACCGAAAGCCUUAAGGCUCUGCUUCACCCAAGUGCCAGUUUGCGGCCCAAACUACAUGAACUUAAGCAGAUUGUCUAUUUUCAGGAUGUGGGCGUUAAGACAUUGAGCUAUUUGGAUUCCCUGUAUCAGUGGGAUAAUCUACAAAAAUCCAAAUUCUACAAAGGAUUACCUCAAAUUAUACCUACAUUGCCGCAUCGUGUAAAUCUCCAUUCUAUUCUUCCUUAUUUGGUCAAGGAGUUCAUUAACUCGCCUAUGAUUCCGUUUGUGUUGCCCAAUGUUCUACUCAUUGCCGAGAUGAGCAGCCAGCGAGAGUAUUGUGAUCACAUAUUGCCACAUCUGAAGCCGAUCUUCAAGCUAACCGAUCCCAUACAGAUUCUCUUGAUCUUCAUGCAAAAAAUGGACUUACUGCUAAAGCUAACACCCGCCGAGGAUGUCAAGUCAAGUGUCCUGCCGCUGCUGUAUCGUUCCCUGGAAUGCGAUAUGCCUCAAAUUCAGGAACUCUGUCUGGCUGUUUUGCCCACAUUCUCCACACUAAUCGACUACAAUGCCAUGAAGAAUUCGGUUUUGCCGCGCAUCAAGAAACUCUGUCUACAAAGUAGUAAUGUGUCGGUGAAAGUCAAUUGCCUAAUAUCGAUUGGCAAACUAUUAGAGAAUUUAGACAAGUGGCUGGUUCUGGAUGAAAUACUGCCCUUUUUGCAGCAAAUUCAAAGCCGUGAACCAGCUAUAGUUAUGGCCAUUAUAGGUAUUUAUAAGAUCGCCAUGACCAAUACAAAGCUGGGCAUAACAAAGGAUGUUAUGGCCCAUAAAUGUAUACCAUUCCUAGUGCCACUUAGUGUGGAAAAUGGUCUAACUAUUGCUCAAUUCAAUACAAUUGUGGCCCUGAUCAAGGACAUGCUCAGUCGUGUGGAACAAGAGCAGCGUGAAAAACUGCAGCAACUGUCAACAAUUCAACGAGAUAACAAACCUAAAGAUGCUUCCGAAAUAUUAGCCAAUGAGCUUGAGAGCAGCUCCGUCAUAUCCUCUAGCAAUGGCAAUAAAGUGGACAACGAUAUGUUCUCUGGAUUUAAUUCAACGCCAACAUCCACUCCUACUCCUAUUCCCACACUGGCGCCAGUACGGCCAAAAGAACAGCUCAAAAUAACGCACACAUCAAUGACACCGACACCGCUUCCAGCACCAGUAGCCUCUAAACCAGACAUUUUGAGCUCUCUGAUGCAAAGUAAUCUUAGUGGCUUGGGUGCACCUGCGCCAGCUCCAGCUCCAGCUGCAGCACCAGCACAAGCAGCUAACAACGGAUGGCAUAGUGCCAAUCCUUUGGUUAUGAAUCAUCAAUUGGCCUCGCCCCAACAGCAGGCCAGCAGUAACAAUAAUUUCUCCUCUCUGGACGAUUUGGAUCCGUUUGCAAAAUCAAAGCCAAACAAUUUAAAUGGUGCCAAUUUGUAUACACUGCAGCAGCCGAAUGUAAACUAUAUAUAUCCCAUGGGACAUGGGCAGGGCCAGCCCAUGAAUAAGAUGACUACACCAACACUCCAGCCGCAAACCCAGCAACAACAACAUCAACAGACUACAGAUAACCAAAACUUUAAUGCUCUAUCGCAGCAGGAUAUUCUCAAUUUUUUGAAUUAAAUGACAUUCCUAAGACAGAGUUCGAAAAACAUUCAAUAUUGUAAAUCCUAUAUCCUUAUAUCUAUGUAUAUGUAUCUACUAUAUCUAUAUCUUAUAUAUUUUAAUGUGCGAAUGUCGUACCAGCUUGGAUAGGUGUCUGCCUAUUUGUGUGUGCGUGCGUGGAUGGUUUUGUUAAAGUGUUUUAAUGUACUAUUAAUGUUUUUAUUUAAAUGUUUUACAACAUUUUCACAAAUAUCAAAUGCGAAACGAAUGUGUAUUUA